AUGAGUUCCGACGAAGACGUGUCUGACCUGUUCUUCAUGGACACAGAGGCCAGUGCGCCUGCAUACACCGUUUUAGAAGACUCGGACACGGAAAAACCCAGCAAAACCCCCGUGGAGGCGUUCCAGUCCGUGGGGGUGGACGACGUGGAUGAUGGGGAAGAUCAGCUCAUUGAAAUGAGAGGCGAGGGCCGGUAUUUCGGUAAGGAGGAGGAGCAAGGGCCCACGUGUCGGACGUGUCACAAGCGAGGCCACAUUUCGGCGGACUGCAAGGUGAUGCGAUGUUUCACCUGUGGAGCUCUGGAGGACCAUGAUACCGCCGACUGCACCAUGUUACGCAAAUGCUCCAACUGUGGCGAGUCGGGCCAUCUACGAGCCGAGUGCACACAAAGCAAGCGCACGAUUUUCUGCUGGCGGUGCGAUUCACGCAUCCACACCGAGGACAAGUGCCAUUUGAUCUGGCGAGACUAUGUCAAGGACCGACGGGGCCCCCACGGCACCAACUGCGUCUUUUGCUACCAUUGCGGCGGUCAGGGACAUUACGGUGACGAGUGCACAGAUACCCGCAACAUGACGUUGCGAUUCAAGGAGCCGUCGGCGUUUUCCGGCGGCAAUUUGCCCAGAAAGGGCCGCUAUGAUAUCCAGAAACGGUACUUUGACGAUCUGGAGCGGGAGAAGAACAGGGGACACAACAGCUACGGCGGCAGUUACGGCGGCAGUUACGGCAACAGCUAUAACAAUCAAGGUAGCCGAGGGAAUGAGGGCCAGAACAGCGGGUUUGGUGGUGGACGAGAUGCGCGAAGGGAGAAACGGGAGCGGGAACGACAGGAGAGCAAAAAGCGACGCAAGGCCGAAAAGCGAGGUGGAGGACAGGGUGGAGGGUUGCCACGUCCACAGUCGUCGGGAUACAUUCCGCCCAAGUCGCAGUACGGUCCUGUGGCCAAGAAUGACUACAGUUUCCAGCCCAAGCUGAAGCAGGACCACGACCAUUCGGACAUGUUUAACCGCAACCGGAUGGAUAUGCCCCAGCCCACUAGAUCGGGGCAUUACAGCAAGUAG